GUUCGCCUCACCGCAGGGAGGGAGUCGGGACGCCGAGCAAGAUGGCAGCGGAUUCGCACCGCCCAACGCUGGCUGAUGUUCGGGCAGCGGAGAGGCGGCUGCAUGGCCGGCUGCACCGCACGCCGGUGCUCACCUGCGCGGGCCUGGACCGGCUGGCCGGCCGGCGGCUGCUGUUCAAGUGCGAGCUCUUCCAGAAGACCGGCUCCUUCAAGAUCCGGGGAGCCCUAAAUGCUGUCAGGAGUCUCGUUGAAGAAAGCGAGCGUGCUGGAGCGGGGCUGCCUCGGGCCGUGGUGACGCACAGCAGCGGUAACCACGGGCAGGCGCUGGCCUGUGCUGCCCAGGCUGAAGGGAUUCCUGCUUACAUUGUGGUGCCCCGCACAGCCCCACACUGCAAGCAAGCUGCCAUUUGCACCUACGGUGCCACACUGAUGCCAUGUGAGCCCAGCGAUGAGUCCAGGGCUGAGACAGCGUCUCGUGUAGUCCAGGAGACAGGAGGCAUCAUGGUGCACCCCAACCAGGAGCCAGCAGUGAUUGCAGGGCAGGGCACAAUCGGCCUGGAGGUGCUGGAACAGGUGCCUGAGGUAAAUGCAGUGGUGGUUCCUGUGGGAGGUGGAGGAAUGAUUGCAGGAAUAGCAGUUGCCAUCAAGGCUUUGAGACCAGAUGUGAAAGUAUUUGCUGCUGAGCCACGCAACGCAGAUGACUGUUACCAGUCCAAAUUAAGAGGGGAACUGACCCCCAACCUUCACCCACCAGAGACCAUUGCAGAUGCAGUCAAAACCAGUAUUGGACCAAACACAUGGCCCAUCAUCAGGGAUUUGGUUGAUGAUGUCCUGACAGUCUCAGAAGAAGAAAUCAAGCGAGCCACACGGCUGGUGUGGGAAAGGAUGAAGCUGCUGAUUGAACCAACAGCAGGCGUGGGAGUGGCAGCUGUGCUCUCUGAGCAGUUCCAGGCAGUCCCCCAGGACGUGGAGAACGUUUGCAUCGUGCUGUGUGGAGGAAACACGGACCUGAGCUCCCUGACCUGGCUCACAGAGCUCCCUGGGAAAGCAGAAUGAGAAUGAAGCAAUGUCUCAAGUGACUGAAACCUCACUCAGUUUGUACUGUCUGGUUUGUGCACUACUAAAAACAGACGAACAGCCCUAAACAAUGGCAAGUUUUCAUGGAGGGAGAAGGGAAAGUGGUGCUCUAUAGCAUGCUGAUGCUUGGUUCCACAGGACAAGUUUGCUACUAGAGGACCUGGAAACAAAGCACAGCUUCUUCCACCUCUUGCUAGCUGCCCUGCUCUGAGCCAGGCCUCCAGUGAGCUGCAUUCAGUCACCCUCUGCAGCUGCUGAUUUGCCUUUGUAUCACAGUAACUUCCAGUAACUUCUGUCCUUGAUAACAGCAAAAUCCUCAGACACACUGCUGUGGAAGGGCACGAAGGAAAGACAACAGCCCCAGUGGGCUCUACCAACGAAAGGGUGCACACAGCCUCCCUGUUUGCCCCCUCCUAGAACUGCUACCACUAAGACACAGGCACCAGGAUGUUUUUGAAAGCAUUUCCCAUUAAAAUAAAUAGCUGUAGCUGGUACCUGAGCAGCAGCUGGUAAGACAGUCACCCUUGUACAGACCCCAGGGGUAGUAUGUCCAAGACAUAAGUGUUGUGCUUGCUGCGAAUAGCAGCCUGGGACCCAAAGCACAAACUGCAUUAGCCAUGCUGGAGAUUUAAUCCAUUUCCACCUCCUGCAGUGGCAGUGCACUCUCACUCCUCACCCAGGGCACGGGGUCAGGAACGUGGGGGUCAUAAGUCCAUUUGGGAAAAACACGCUUGUAGAGGUUGAGCAGCACUGUGUCUUGGGACUUCAGCUGUCCAUCAAAGUGACAUUUCAUGUGACCAUGGGUACCUAGGCAGAGGACAGAAGAGGCUGUUAGUUGUCUCUCCUGCCCAGAAGGACCACAUC